AUGAGCGCGACACGUACACCAUACGUGUCGGAAUUCGAGUACGUUCCUCAGCUUCACCCUUCCAGAAAUCCCGAUUGCCCGUCCCGGUUCAUCAGCGACAGGCAAAUCAGAGAAGACUCGGACGAAUGGGAUCGACCGUUGAUCGAGAUCAGGGCGGUGCUCUCGCACUGCCCCCUGCUUGGAAACGAGAAAACGAGGCAAGGUGUUCACGUUCGUCGAAAACGUAGACACGACGAGGAACAGAAUCCAGUGACGAUGAGAAACUGCACGCGGAAGAUCAUUAUCAGCAUGAGGUUCAACAAUAUCGGCAAGACCGAGAUCGAGGAGAAAUUCGUAGUGAUCGACCACGUGCUGGACCCGUUCACGAUGGAAAAGAUCCCGCUCCAAAAUCCCUAUGUGAUCAAAGUUCGCCAAGAUACUAUACUGCAGUUUUAUGGGUUGAAAUUUCAAAGUGGUUUCUGUUGUUCCUGCAAUUCGACGUUCGAGAGACAUCAUUUGCCCGAUUCGAGCCAGCCGACGGGAAGUUGCAGCGGCAAGGCCAAGUCAAACUACGAAGCCGCUGCAAACAAAUCUUGCAACAGGUUUCAGAGCGAAAGCGGGUGGAUGGAUACGGAGGAUAAUUCGGUGGCACGAGGCCAGCCAACAAGGGGCGAGGCUCCAUUCCACCAGAAACCAAACGUGUCUCAUUCGUGUAUACCUGGCAACGAGACAAUCGAAUUCGGAACUUUGUACGACACGCGGAACGGGAUCCAGAUAAUUUUGUCGAAGAAGCCGCUCGUAAAUAAGGAAACGGUGAAUAACGGGUCGAGGAAAAGCGAGGGGCCGGAUUUUCCUGCCACGAUCCGGGCGAAACAGGACAGGUGCUACGAUGGAAAGGGAUUCGAGACGUCGACGAGCGUUUCUUCGUAUCUGGAGGUGAUCGUGGGAGAGUUGUUGGAUGUAACGACGGCGGGGGUUGGAGGAGAUCGGGCGUUGACGCGAGAGAAGGGAGGAAACGGAAAACUGAUCGAAAAGGAGGGGAAUUUGAAACAGAGGCAAUCGACGAUACCCGUUAAAAAUUCAAGAUUGGCGAAGGAAGAUGGAGGAAAACUUUACGAGGCUAAGAACAAUCGCGAGUUCCAACACGGCGAAUCGAUGACGAUGGAGAAAAAUUUAGGAUUUGCAAAAGAAAAUGGAGGAAAACUGUACGAAAAUUCGAACAAUCGUGAAUUCCAUAAUUCGAGACACGGCGAAUCGAUGACGAUGGAGAAAAAUUUAGGAUUUGCCAAAGAAAAUGGAGGAAAACUGUACGAAAAUUCGAACAAUCGUGAAUUCCAUAAUUCGAGACACGGCGAAUCGAUGGAGAAAAAUUUAGAAUUCGCGAAAGAAAAUGGAGGAAAACUGUACGAAAAUUCGAACAAUCGCGAAUUCCAUAAUUCGAGACACGGCGAAUCGAUGACGAUGGAGAAAAAUUUAGGAUUCGCGAAAGAAAAUGGAGAAAAUCUAUACGAAAAUUCGAACAAUCGCGAAUUCCAUAAUUCGAAACACAGCGAAUCGGCGACGAAAGAGAAAAAUUCAGGAUUAACGAAAGAAAGUGGAGAAAAGCUACACGAAGCUUCGAUUCGUAAUUCGAAACACGGCGAAUCGAUGACGGUGGGGAAAAACUCUGGACUGGCGAAAGAAAGCGGAGAAAAACUAUACGAAAGUUCGAACAAUCGCGAAUUGCAUAAUUCCAAACACGGCGAAUCGACGACGGUGGAGAAAAAUUCAGGAUUGGCUAAAGAAAAUGGAGAAAAUCGGUACCAAGCUUCGAUUCAUAAUUCGAAACACGGCGAAUCGAUGACGGUUGGGAAAAAUUCAGGAUUGGCGAAAGAAAGUGGACGAAAAUUAUACGAAACUUGGAACAAUCGCGAAUUUCAUAAUUCGAGACACGGUGAAUCGAUGACUGUCGGGAAAAACUCAGGUCUGGCGAAAGAGAGUGGUGGAAAACUGCGCGAAACUUGGAACAAUCGCGAAUUGCAUAAUUCGAGACACGGUGAAUCGAUGAUAAUCGGGAAAAACUCGGGCCUGGCGAAAGAGAGCGGUGGAAAACUGCGCGAGACUUGGAACAAUCGCGAAUUGCAUAAUUCGAAACACGGCGAAUCGAUGAUAAUGGGAAAAAACUCGGGAUUGGCGAAAGAGAGUGGAGAAAAGCUACACGAAGCUUCGAACAAUCGCGAAUUGCAUAAUUCGAAACACGGCGAAUCGAUGAUAAUGGGGAAAAACUCGGGAUUGGCGAAAGAGAGUGGAGAAAAGCUACACGAAGCUUCGAGUAACCACGAAUCCCAAUCGAUCCAUAAUUCGAAACACGACGAGGUGGAGAAGAGUUCAAGAUUUCGAAAUGGAAAUCGGUACGAGGGUUCGAGCAAUAGCGAAUAUCACACGGUCGUGAAUUCGAAGCACAAGGGAUCGACGUCAGCGGGGAAGAAUUCGGGAUCGGCGAAAGUGAGCGGAGGAAAAUGGCACGACGGCUCGAGGGAUCGCGAAUUCCAUACGGCCGGCGAUUCGAAGCACAAAGGAUCGACAAUGGGGAAAAAAUCGGGAUCGAUGAAGAAAAAUCGGCACGAGAGUUCAAGAAAUCGCGGAUUCCAAUCGGGCGGGAAAAAUUUGUCGGAGGUGCAGAAAAAUUCGGGAGAUUCCUCGAUGAACGGGCGAUCGGACGAACGGGAGAGUUUGUUCCGCGCCGUGACUUGCCCUGAGAUUUCGUUUUAUUCGGUGGAAUACGAAUCAAAGAAAUUGAUACCGGAAAGAAUAUCGAAGGAGGUUAACGGCGAGGAUAACGCGACGAAUGGUGGACGAAAGAAAUGCCAGAUCGAGUCUUUCUACGCGAAUAAAGAUUGGACUUUGAAGCGCGAGAAGAAGAGCAGCAACGCGUUCUCCGCUAUCGAUGUGGCCGCGAUCCGACCCCCUAUGCAUUCGAACGGACGUUUGAGGCAUUUUCAGACAGGUGUAUUGAACAGAUCAGGCACGCGCUGGACAGUCCCGGCGAAAGAGAUCAGGGACGAUAAUUUGGACGAGGUAAUAGGAACCACAUCCGCGUGGAACGAGGGCGAAAGUCUCGACGAGAAACGCAGAGCGGAAAGAUCCGGAAAUUUUCGAUCGAAGAGGAAGGUGUUCGGCGGCUCGAGAGAAAUUUACAUAGAGGGGGAGAAAAUGAUUUCGAGCGCGAAAGAGGGAAAAGACGAUUUUUACGCGCGCGAGAGGAAGAAGCAUCCUAGGGAGGAGACGAUCGAAAAUUACACGCCCCAAAAGAGGACGUUGAAGGAUUUGUCGUUGAGGAACAACUACGAUCAUCACGGCGAGAAGAAGUCGAGGGAACAUUUUGCCGGUUACAGGGAGGACAAAAGCAACUUUAGAUCCCGCAGAUACGUAAAAAGUAAGAAAAAUCAGCAUCCCAUACUCGAGUCGGAGGGAAUCGUGAAACGAAAAUUUCGGAAACGAGGUCGGCAAAAGAGGAGCGAAAGGGCGGACGAUAGCGAAAGAUUCGCGGAGCCGAAUUUCGGCAAAGGUAUGCAAAUAUAUAUAGAUAACGCCAAGUCGAUGAAGAAACCGACGAAGGGAUUCGUCAAGAUGGUGGCGAGCGAACUCAACGAUAAAAAAGAUUUGGAUGAGAAGAGUAAGAGCGAGAAAAAGGAGGAGAAAAAGGAGGAGGAGAAGGGCGAUGAAUUGACAUCAAAGGACACGGAUAACUUGGACAAAAAGAUCGAGGAGAAAUUCAGUCGCAUAAGCGACACGCUCAAGGAGGAUACGAUGGGGUUGAAACCGUCACAGAGGAAGGAGGUUAUGGGAAAAAUGCAGAACGACGAACCUCCGAACGAUUUAGACAAGUUGCAAAAUAAAGAGAAUCAAGAUAAAGAGAAUCGAGAAAAGCAAGAUAAAGAGACGAUAGAUAAGGAUAAGCAAAACAAAGACACGCAAGAGAAGGAGAUAAACGCACAGUUGUCGAAUCAACCAAUUGAUGAAAUUCCCGAUAUAAAAAAGCUGAUAGGGUCUGUUUUCAAUGAAAAGAUAAAUAAUUUUGACUUCAACAAGAAAAUUCCCUCUUAUCAAUCGAUCGGCAUCAACAUCGACCCAAAUUCCGAUGUAGAUUCUCAGGACAAAGAGCUGAAAGAACAAGAGUUCUCGAAUAAAAUAAUCCCCUCUUAUCAAUCAAUCGAAUUUAACGUGAAUCAAAAUCCUGAUGUAGAUUCCCAAGGUAAAGAGUUUAAAGCGCAAGAAAUGUCGAACAAAGAGAUCCCUUCUUAUCAAUCGGUUGACGCGAAUCAAAGUCCUGAUAUCGGUACUCAAGAUAAAGAGUUCAAAGAGCAAGAAAUCUCGAAUAAGGAGAUCCCUUCUUAUCAAUUAGUCGACACGAAUCAAAAUCCCAAUACGGGUUCUCAAGGGAAAGAGUUUAAAGAGGAAGAAUUCUUGAAUAAGGAAAUCCCUUCUGAUCAAUCGAUUGACAAUCAGAAUCAGAAUCUGGAUUCCCAAGGUAAAGAGAUUAAAGAACCAGAAUUCCCGAAUAAAGAAAUUCCUUCCUAUCAAUCGGCCGAUUUUAACGCGAAUCAAAGUCCCGAAACGGGUUCUCAGGAUAAAGAGUUUAAAAACCAAGAACUCGUGAUUAAAGAAAUUCCUUCUGAUCGAUCGGCUGACACGAAUCAAAGUUACGACAUGGGCUCUCAAGACAAAGAGUUCAAAGAGCAAGAGAUCACGAACAAAGAAAUCCCUUCUUAUCAAUCGGCUGACGCGAAUCAAAGUCCUGACAUGGGUACUCAAGGUAGAGAGUUCAAAGAGCAAGAAUUCUCGAACAAAGAAAUUCCUUCUUAUCAAUCAGUUGAUCAUCUAUCAGUCAUAAAUCAGAGUCCUGACAUCGCUACUCAAGACAAAGAGCAAGAAAUCUCGAAUAAAGAGAUCCCUUCUUAUCAAUCGGCUGAUUUUAACGCGAAUCAAAGCCCCGAUACCGGUUCUCAGGUGUUUAAGAACCAAGAAUUCGCGAAUAAAGAAAUUCCUUCCUACGAAUCGGUUGACACGAAUCAAAGCCCCGAUAUGGGUCUACAGGAUAAGGAGUUCAAGGAGUUGGAAUACGGGAACAAAAAGAUUCCUUCCUACGAAUCAGCCGAUGUGAAUCAAACUCCUGAUAUCGGUUCGCAGAAUAAAGAGUUCAACGAGUUGGAAUACGCGAAUAAAAAGAUUCCCUCCUACGAAUCAGCCGACAUGAAUCAAAAUCUCGAUGCGAGUUCUCAGGGUAAAGAAUUGGCCAAUAAAAAGAUUCCUUUCUACCAAUCGGCUGACGUAAAUCAAAAUUUUGAUAUGGGUGGUUCUUCUCAGGGCAAAGAGAUCAAAGAAUUAGAAUUCUCGAAUAAAAAGAUCCCUUUCUAUCAAUCGGCCGACGCGAUUCAAAGUGACAUAGGUUCUCAAGGUUCUAAAGAGUCGAAGGAGCAAGGAUUCGCGAACAAGGAAAUUCCUUCUUACCAAUCGGCCGAGUUCAACGUGAAUCAAAAUCCUGACACUGGUUCCCAGAUCAAAGAAUUCAAGGAAUCUGGAUUCGGAAAUAAAAAGAUUCCCUCGUUUCAAACGUCCGAAACCUUUGGUAACGUGAACCAAAACAACGAUAUCGUUUCUCAGAAUAAAGAAUUCAAGGAAAUAGGAUUCGGAAAUAAAAAGAUUCCUUCCUACCAAUCGGCCGAAUUUAGCGUGAGCCAAAAUCCCGAUAUCGGUUCCCAGAGUAAAGAAUUGGGAUUCGGAAACAAAAAGAUUCCUUCCUACCAGUCGGCCGAGUUCAACGUAUACCAAAAUCCUGAUAUCGAUUCUCAGAACAAAGGGUUCAAGGAAUUAGGGUUCGGCAAUAAAAAGAUUCCUUUCUACCAAUCGUCCGAAUACAACGUGAACCAAAAUCCCGACCUCGGCACUCAGAACAAGGAGUUAGGAUUCGGAAAUAAAAAGAUUCCUUUCUACCAGUCGCCCGAAUUUAACCAAAAUCCGGAUAUCGGCUCUCAGAAUAAGGAAUUAGAAUUGGGAAAUAAAAAGAUUCCCCCCUACCAAUCGGUCGAGUUCAACGUGAACCAAAAUCCCGAUAUCGGCUCCCAGAGUAAGGAAUUGGGAAUAGGGAACAGAAAGAUUCCCUUCUACCAAACACCCGAAUUCAACGUGAACCAAAAUCCCGACAUCGGCUCUCAGAACAAAGAGUUCAAAGAAUUGGAAUUCUCGAGUAAAAAGAUUCCUUCGUAUCAGUCGGCCGAGUUCAACGUAUACCAAAUUCCUGACAUCGAUUCUCAGAACAAAGGGUUCAAUAAAGAACUAGAACUGGCGAAUAAAAAGAUUCCCUCGUACCAAUCGGCCGAGCUCAACUUGAACCAAAAUCUCGACACGAGUCCUCGGGAUAACAAAAAGAUUCUGUUCUACCAGCCACCACCCGACGUGAAUCAAAAUCCUUACAUGAUGUCUCCUCCCCAGGAUAACGAGCAAGAAUCGGGGAACAAGAAGAUUCCCUCGUACCAAUCGAUCGAUUUUAACGCGAACCAAAAUCCUUUUAUGAACCCCCAGGAGCAAGGACUCGCGGUUAAAAAGAUUCCCUCUUAUCAAACGGCCGAGAUCAACGUGAGUCCGAAUUCCGACAUAGGUGCUCAGAACAAAGAGUUCAAAGAGCUGGGGAUCGCGUACAAGGAGGACGAGAAAGCGAACAAAUUGUCGUUCGGGGACAAAGGGAACAAGCUGAACCAAUUGUUCGACAAUUACAAAAGCUCGACCCCGAAUUCCGACCUGGUCAUCUCUCCGCCGAUCGGGUCGCCGAUCAUCAACGAGCCGUCGAAUCAAAUUUUGUCGAACGUGUUCUCGCCCGAGAACGAAAUUCUACCGUUAGACUUGAGCAAGAACGACUUACUGUUGAAUCCCAACCCCGUGUUCACGACGGAAAGAUCGGACUUGACGAGAGCGCUGGUCGUGGUCGACUUCUUCAAGAUCGUGCCCGACAUGAAUCCCGAGUCGUUGAGGAUCCCCCAUGCCCCCCUUGUCGGGGUAAAAAAAAACAUUGAAGAAGGAAUCGGGCAAUUGAGGCCGAGUUACAGGAUGGCCACGGAGGGGACGACGGCGCCGUUCAUGAUCAACGAAACGACGGAAACCGAGAUCCAGAUGACCACCAUCACCGACCAGAUGAUCCGGCCGGGUUACAAGACGCCGAAACCUGGCCGCACCUCGGUCGGCGGUGCCAACUUCCACGAAGAGAUCGGGAUCGAGGGGAUAACGAUCCCCGAACGGCACACCGUGUUGGUGCUCACCACCGAGUCCUCGCUCGAGCGGGGAUUCACCGAUCUCGAGUCGAUCUCGGCCACCGUGCAGCCGGUCAAGAUAGGUGGGCAGAAGCUGUGGCUGGGUAACCAGAGACGGAAAAAAAAACGCACGACAUCUUCGAUGCAAACGGGCAAAGGCGGCGCGGAGAAGGUGGUGCGCGAGAGGGACACGAGAGGGAUGCGCGAGAGCGAGGAUAAUAAUCCUGAGAAGGAGAAACGUCUGGUGGAUUCGCUGUUGAAGUUCUCGUACAAGGCUACGAACGUGGAUUUCAUAAAGAAGAAGUUCGGGUCGAAAUUCUCCCACGAGCAACAGAAUUUCAUGCGGAUACGGGCAAGCGUCGGCGGUGCAGGUAAGCGGAUGAAGUAUCGGGAGGUGGAAAAGGAGGGUGGUGGGGCGAGCGACGAUAUCCUGACCGAUUCUGAUCGCUCGAAAGGUGACAACAAGGAGGCGGGGACGCAGGAGAAGGUUCCGCCGGGGAUCAAGUGGAUUCAUCAUCCGUGGUUCGCGACCACCGCCACCGCCGAGUACACGAUCAGGAAAGGGACGAAGGACAAUUACAACCAGCCCGUGUUCUCGAACAAGAGUCCGUUCGGGUUGGGCAAGGGUGCGAAGAUAAAGGGGAAAGACAGGUCGAGGAAAAGUUACUCGAGUCCGACGAUGGACGUGGUCCCGGGUAGGAUACUUCCGCCCUGCAAGGACAGGCAUCGUCGCGUGGGGAGUCACGAGGCGAAGAUGACUUGCGACACGAGGACGAAUCGGAAGGGGAGGCGUUUGCUGUCGAUCUCAGGGGCCGUAGGGGCUCCCAGGGACGAGAAGAGAGACGCCGAGCACCGGGCCAACAAGGACAGGAAGAAAAUCGAGGAGCACGGCAACGAGAACAAUUUCAUCAGCGACGAUGGCCCCGAUAUCGAAUACGAUGACGCGUCCGUGCAUCGGAAACGUUUGAAAUCGAUUCGCGACAAAAAUCACGAGAAAGCGAAGAAAGAGGAGGAUUCGACGAGGGUGAAGCGUAAGAAGAAGAACAAGAGCGACAAGAAGCAGGAAUUGGUGUCCUCGUCGCAAGAACUGCCGGACGAGGACGAUUACAACGAGUCCGAGGAGCAGAUGGACGAGGACGAUAAAACGGUGCCCGUGGAUCAGGGGUCGAAGAAGGCCGACAACGACAAGGCCGAGAAUCUGGACGAAUCGGUGGAGAAUUUCGACACGAAUCCCACGUUGGAGAAUCUUUUGGAGAAAGAGUCGGACGAGGGGUCCAAGAUAUCGGAGGAAGAGCAGACGGACGACUCUUACAACCAGUUGAUUAACGACGUUUCCUCCAUGAACGAUUUCGACAAGUAUUCCAACGACAACGGGAACCAGGCACGAUCGGUGGACAACGGCGGCGACAACAAAUUGGAGAGCAACGAUCUUCAAGAGAGCGACGAGCACGGGAAAAAUUUCGAGAUCUCCCUCACGGGGAAGAUCCACUUGGAGAGCGACUCGUACGGGCGGCCCGUUUCCAUCAGUUUCAACGCGGAGCCCGAAUUUUUCAAAGAGAACUCUAUCGACGACGAGAAAACGAACAACUACGGGAAUCGAUUCCCACUGGAGUCCCCCAAUUCUUUCGUCGACACGUCGGACGCCCUCGUCUCCGGCGAAACGGACAACGCCAACUUUCUGUCCGACGUUUUCGACGCCGGCCCGUCCGUCAACGUGCCGCUCGAUCAGAUCGACGAUCGAUCGGUGGCCAGGGAGUACCUGCUCGACACGGUGCGCGCCAAGAAUCGGAACACGGGCAAGUACAGGGGCGAUUCGGACCCGCGGCAGUUGCUUUACCUGCAGAAGAAGUCCGUGGACAACGUCGCGUCCUCGGAGGAGGACGAGGACGCCGGGUCGCCGUUGGGCCAACGCGAGCCGUCCGUCGACGAGAAAACCUGGAAAAGGACCCUUAAACGUUCGAAGAAGGAGUCCGCGAGAUUCUCGUCGGCCAACGACAACGCUCAGCGGGAGGCGGAAAUGGAGGAGCAGGAGGAGUCGCCGGACACGAACCGCGACGAUCCCGUCAAUAUGGACGACCCGAAGGACAAGAUCGCGUUGAGCGACGAGGAGUCGAUGAAGAUAAACGACGAAUUUCUCGACAAUUUGCCCCAAGUUUCCCUAGACUUGUCCGACUUGCCCGAGAGUUCUUUCCUCAAACCGGACAUAGGGAGCCGGGAAGCCGUUAUAGAGGACAGCCUGAGCAACGUGGGCCAGACCGAGCGUUGUUUCGCCCCAAAUUUCACCACGAUAAGCAUCCAAUUGCCCAUAAACAUCACGUUCACCGACAAACGUCUAGGCGUGUUGGCGUCGGACGGGGAUCUGAGCAUUCACGACGUCAAAAUGGCCGCCUCUUUGAACACGACGAAGAUGGAGCAGCGACCGAAGAACGUCUCGGCACCGAGCCUCGAGACGACCACGAUAAUAAGCAGCUCGAACGACACCGUCAUACAGGCGGAGCUGUCCUACCCGGAGCACGUGCCCGAAGCCCCGAAGAAUAUCUCCGCGAUCGCGAUGGAGGUGGAGAAGCAGGAAAAGGCGGCGGCGGCGGGGACGUUACCCUCCGAGACGACCACGGUAAUAAGCAGUUCGAACGACACCGUUUUGCAGGCCGAGCUCACGUAUCCGGAGAAAGAGGAGCGCACGUACUUGAAGAAUAUCUCGGGGAUGACCACGUUGGAGCCUGCUGCAACGACCACGUGCGAGCCGUCGACCACGUGUCUGCCGACCACCACCACCACCACGCCGACGACCACGACCGAGGCAACGCCGACGACCACGACCGAGGCAACGCCGACCACCACCGAGGUGGCACCGCCCAUAGUGACCACCACGGUCGCCCAAACGACCACGUGCGUGCCGACCACCACGUGCAGACCGACGACCAUAUGCAAGCCGACCACUUUGUGCAGACCGAUCGUGAUCCGACCGUCGAUCACGACCACGUCCGUCCAGGCGGUCACCACCACCGUCCAGGCGGUCACCACCACCACCACCCCGCGCGCGCGAACGAUGCCCCCGACCACGACCACCAGCAUCGCGACCACCACCAUAUUGUCGCGUAUGAACGAGACCGUGAUAAAGGCGGAACUCAGCUUCCCCAAGCAGAAGGUGAGGCCCGAGGAGUUGAAGAAAGUGAAGCCUGAUUACGGGUUUGCCAACGACCAGUCCAUAGAGAGGAAGAACAUGCUGGCCAUCUCGGAAUUCGUGAAAAAAUUGGAGAGGCUCGUGACGGAUAACGUGACCUCGAGCGACGCGCCCGGCCGCACGUUGAUACACCUCAAGAAAUUCAUCAUCGUGCCCAACAAUCGAACGUUCUGGAGUUUGAAGCAAUUCGCCGCGCCCGGUUACCAGGACUUGGGCACCACCGAGACCGUGGUCAUGCUGGGGGACGAGGUCCGAUCCAAGAACAAUCCGCGAUCGGUGAAGAGCAAAGAGUUCAACGGGGUUGAGGAGAGCUCGAAGGAGGAUCGUAAUUUGAUCAAGGAGAUAAUAGAAUCCGUGAUAAGGGGGGAGGAUCUGAAACGAGACGAGAAGCGGAAAAUUGGGAGGGAGACGGUGGAGGACGGGUUGGAGGAUCGGGAGGGGGAGGAGGGGGGGAUAGACCUGGUGGAGGUGGAAAGGAUCGGGUCGGCCGAUGUGGCCAGCGUGCGGGAUGAGACGCCGUUCAAGGACGAGGGUUAUCCGCGCAACGUGGCCGGCAAGAGCGUGGACGACCAAUUCCUCGAGUCGAAUCUCGAGGGGGGGAAGAGGACGUCGAAGAAGAACAACGGUGUUUGCGCGGGAGAUAAAUCGGACGAUUUGGAGAAGAGGGAGUCUGCGGUUAUGGAUAACGUACGGUUGACGAAUGAGCACGGGGAACACGGCGGUAAGAAGAAGAAUACGAAGCACGUGAAGAAGAAGCGGCGAAGAAAGCGGAAGAGGAAGAAGGGGAAGGGGGAUAGGAAUAAGAAGAAUAACAAAAAGAGCAAGUGGCCUUUCAAGAGGAACUUACUUAUGCUGUCGGAUGAGGGGGAAGAGGAGCAGGAGGAGCAAGAGGGGGAGGAGGAGGAGGAGCAGAUUCAACCUUCGAAUCUUGAUUAUGGAGUCAAGUGGAAGGAUCGUGAUAAAUUUUCCUCGCGCGAACAAAGGGGCAAAAAUAUGCGAUCUACGGCGAAAGGAACGGCGAACGAAAGUAGAGCGAAGGAACAACGGCAAAUUCGGGGCGGUCAAGAUUGCUCGGAUCCCAGGCAUCCUCCUAACGUGGACGCGUUGAAAUAUUUAGAAUCCGCUCACUGUCUGCGCUUCAGCGAUAUGUGGUACUCGGUGUAUCAAUUGGAAGAGCCCAUAAUAGUCCACAAGGUAGAUCUACGGCUUUACGUGAAGCAUACUUUGCCCGAUGGAUCGAUUCUGUGGAAGGAUUUGUCGAACGGUUCGAUCAUAAGGUAAGCGGUUCAAUCAGAAGCGUAGCGAUUAAGCACGUUUGAGAUCUUGGAGUCACUAAAUUCACG